CAAAUUUUUUUAAAACGCGCCUCUUCACAUUUCGUGUCCCUCUCAUAAAAGAGCCCUACUCUCUAGACUCUAGAGCAUUCCUCUCUCCGAUCUUUGCCGUUGCUCUUUCGAAAUGACGCGUGUCAACCAGCUUCCAUGCGACUGUGUAUCUACGGCGGAGGAAUCUCUCACUUCCGGCACGUGCAUUACCCCUACGCACGUGACUUCCCUUUCGUCUCCUCUUGAUCGCUCCGGCGAUGUUGAUCCUCUUCCUGUUUCCGACGAAUCUGGUGGCUCGAAGGCCGAUGAAUCUAUGACUGACGCAGAUGAGACUAAAAAGAGGAAACGGAUACUCAGUGGUGAUUGUGAAGCCGAUGAGAAUAAUAAGAGUGACGGAGAAAUCGCGAGUCUCAAUGACGGUGUUGAUGCGUUUACUGCGAUUUGUGAAGACUUGAAUUGUUCUCUGUGUAAUCAAUUGCCUGAUAGGCCCGUCACGAUAUUAUGUGGACAUAACUUUUGCUUGAAAUGUUUUGACAAGUGGAUUGAUCAAGGGAAUCAAAUUUGUGCUACAUGUCGUAGCACAAUUCCUGACAAAAUGGCUGCCAAUCCUCGUGUUAACUCGUCUCUUGUGUCUGUUAUCCGUUAUGUAAAAGUUGCUAAAACUGCUGGUGUUGGUACUGCAAAUUUUUUUCCUUUUACAAGCAACCAAGACGGCCCAGAGAAUGCCUUUAGAACCAAGCGCGCUAAAAUCGGGGAGGAGAAUGCUGCAAGGAUAUAUGUUACCGUACCAUUUGAUCACUUUGGUCCUAUACCAGCUGAACAUGAUCCUGUCAGGAACCAAGGUGUUUUAGUUGGAGAAUCCUGGGAGAAUCGAGUAGAGUGUCGGCAGUGGGGGGUUCACUUGCCACAUGUUUCUUGCAUUGCUGGACAAGAAGACUAUGGAGCUCAGUCUGUAGUAAUAUCUGGAGGUUAUAAGGAUGACGAGGAUCAUGGAGAAUGGUUUCUAUACACAGGAAGGAGUAGAGGGAGACAUUUCGCUAACGAGGAUCAGGAGUUUGAAGACUUGAAUGAAGCUUUAAGAGUUAGUUGCGAAAUGGGGUAUCCAGUUCGAGUUGUCAGGUCUUACAAGGAUAGGUAUUCUGCAUAUGCCCCUAAGGAAGGAGUGAGAUAUGAUGGUGUAUACAGGAUCGAGAAAUGCUGGCGAAAAGCUAGAUUCCCGGAUUCAUUUAAGGUCUGUCGUUACCUGUUUGUAAGAUGUGACAAUGAGCCAGCUCCAUGGAACAGGUUUGGUCUACUUCUUAGAAGCACCUUUUCGAUAUUCUGAGUUUAACACUGUGAUAAUAUUGCAGUGAUGAGAGUGGAGAUCGUCCAAGACCUUUGCCUAAUAUUCCAGAGCUUGAAACGGCCUCAGACCUGUUUGAGAGAAAGGAAAGUCCAUCAUGGGAUUUUGAUGAAGCCGAGGGCCGUUGGAGAUGGAUGAAGCCUCCACCUGCAAAUCAUGAGCAGAGGGAGAGAAUGAAGAUGGCUAUGACAUGUCUUCUCCUUUUUGUCCUUAUCAUUCUCGUUGGUUCAUCAUCUAUCUUAUAUCAGUAUUAGAAGAAUCACCGACAAAUAACUUGUUGGUUUGAUCCCUUAGUUGUCUUUCUUGUUACCAACAGUCUUUUCUAGUUCUCUCACUACUCAAGUCUUGGAAACUUGAGGUUCUCUUGGUUAGUGAAGUCGGAUUCAUAUUUUUUUGUAUGCUUCCAACAAUUUGUCCCUGCUCUCAAAAGGUGCAAUGAAGUUUUUAAGUAUAUAAUGAAUUAUGUUAGGUCUUCAUUCUUUUGAGCAAUAUUUUUAAUUACUAGGAUUUAGAGGACUCAGAGACAUAACUGAGUAAGAUGUUAC